AUGGCCGACAAAACACCCUUUCGCGUCAUCAUCGUCGGCGCGGGCGCCGUCGGACUCUACCUAGGAUACGCCCUGGGUCUCGCCAACAUCGACUAUGUGAUCCUCGAGAGGAAAGAGUCGGCCGCCGCGGGGAUGCGCAACAAGAAGCGGACGGACGGCUUCACGGGGAAUGUCCUGACGACAGCGCGGUUUCCAGAGUUCAUGGAGCGGAGACAUGGGUACCCUUUCGUCCCCAUCGUGCGUUGCGACCUGCCCCGCAUUCUGUACCACAAUCUCCCCGACAAAGAAACCCGCAUCAAAACCUCGUCUGAAGUCGUCGCUAUCGAAACACACUCGACAGGCGUACAGGUCCACCUCAAGACUGGGGCCGUCGAGAAUGGGUCUCUUGUCAUUGGGGCGGACGGCGUGCAUAGCAAGAUCCGAUCGGAGCUGGAACUGUUGUACAAAGCUGCCACAGGCACUGACGCGAAUGUCGCUCCCAUGAUGGCCAACUUCAAUGGGGUUAUCGGUCGGGCGUCAAACGAAGACCUGCGCACCGAGCAAAACGUCUUAUCGAGACUCGCGGCACGGCGACAGUCAUUCAAUGGGGAGGUACACUUUGCCACCAUCACACCGGUGCCUGAUCCAAAGCCCGCGGUGCGGCAGCGUGUCACAAUGCAGGACGUCGAGGACCAUGCGGCUUCACUUGGUCACGUUGUUGUGUGUCGCGGGGUGACUUUUAAAGAUCUCUGGGACAACACCGGCAAAAACACCUUGUGGAAGCUGAAUCAGGAAGGACUCCUCACGCGCUGGCACCACGAUCGCAUUGCCCUCGUUGGCGACGCCGUGCACAAGAGCACCAGCCAGAAUGGCCUUGAAUUGAAUUUGGGGCUACAAUCAGCAGCCAGUCUCGCAAACGAGCUGCAGUCACUUCUGGAAAGGGAUCCCUUGCCAGUUACGAGCGCAAUCGACCAGGCGUUUUCGCGAUACCAACGCACGCGCGAGGAGGAAGUGCAGUUUAUUCUGAGAAUGGGUCGCAAAAUGGUCCGUGAUUCUGCAAGCAAGUCGUGGGGCACUUGGCUGUGGACUCGACUGAUGCUGCCGUGGCUGGACAUUGAAUCUUUUGGAUAUGGCAUCAUUACGUCGUUGAUGAUGAUCCGGCAAGGGCUCGUCUUACUGUAUGUGCCUUUUAUUGGAAAACAGGGGUCCAUGGCCUGGAAAAACAAGCCGCUUCCGGCGCUUUGA